AUGAUGGAUGAGGGUCCCAGUUUGUCCUAUGAAGAGAUAGUGCAUCAUAUCGUGAGCGAUACGCCGGUUCCAAACGUGGUAGAAGUGCCAGAUGUUACCUUGAGUGAGUCGAUGAUGACCGUUUCUGAGAUGGCACCUCGACCCAAGCCUUGGGAAGUUGCAAUUGAGGACCAAAAGAUGUUGAAGACCAAGGGGAGACCAUCGAGAUGGGGGGACCCGAUUUGA